AUGGACCCCGCAUUCGUUCAAAAUCUCCACCAGCUCCUUGAGGGCACCAUCGCGCCUGACACGAACGUGAUCAAGCAGGCGACGACCCAGCUCAACACUCAGUACUACAAGAACGCCGAGUGCAUCCCCGCCCUCUAUGAGAUUGCUGCCAGCAGCCAGAAUCAGGCGAUCCGUCAGCUCGCCGCUGUCGAGCUCCGCAAGAGGGUGAACACCGGCAACGGCAAGCUCUGGAGCGCAUGCCCCGAGCCUGUCCGCGGCCAGAUCAAAGCCAACAUGCUCGCCCGCCUCACCCAGGAGCCUACCCGCAUUGUGCGCCACGCCCUUGCCCAGACCGUUGCCGCCAUUGCCGAGAACGAGCUCUCGGUUCAGCCCCCACAGUGGCCCGACCUCGUGCCGGGGUUGUACCAGGCCGUCCAGUCUGCUGACCAGCUCCACCGUGAGACCGGCAUCUUUGUUCUCUUCGCCCUCCUUGACACUGUUCUCGAGUCCAUGCCCGAGCAGCUCCCCGCCCUCUUUGACAUCUUCUCCAAGACGCUCCACGACCCCCAGUCUGGCGAUGUUCGCAUGACCACCGUCCGCGCCCUCGCGAAGGUGGCCGAGAACAUCACGCCCGACGAGAAGCACGACGUCAAGGCGUUCCAGGAGCUCAUCGUCCCCAUGCUCAAGGUCCUCGAGCAGGCCAUCAAGGACGAUGACGACGAGGCCGUCCGCCACGGCUUUGACGUCUUUGAGACCCUCCUCAUCCUUGACGCGCCUCUCGUGUCCAAGCACGUCGGUGAGCUCGUCCAGUUCUUCCUCGGCGCUGCUGCCAACGCCGAGGUCGACGAGACCAUGCGCUGCGGUGCCCUCAACGUCCUCGCCUGGACUAUCCGCUACAAGAAGUCCAAGGUCCAGGCUCUUGGCCUCGCCAAGCCCAUCGUUGAGGGUCUCCUUCCCAUUGGUAUGGAGGAGGACCCCGAGGACGUCGACGAGGACUCUCCGUCGCGCCUCGCCUUCCGCUGCCUUGACACCCUCUCCCAGUCCUUGCCUCCCCAGCAGGUCUUCCCUGUCCUCUCCCAGCAGCUUCAGGUCUACAUGGCCGGCAACGCCCAGAUGCGCAAGUCGGCUCUCAUGGCCUUCGGUGUUUCGGUUGAGGGCUGCUCCGAGUACAUUCGUCCCCACGUCGAGCAGCUCUGGCCCAUCAUCGAGGGUGGUCUCCAGGACCAGGAGCUCAUUGUCCGUAAGGCGGCGUGCAUUGCCCUCGGCUGCCUCUGCGAGUGGCUCUCGGAGGAGUGCGCUCUCCGCCACGGCACCAUUGUGCCCAUCCUCUUCGACCUCAUCGUCGACCCCUCUACCCAGAAGAACGCCUGCACCUGCCUUGACUCGUAUCUCGAGAUUCUCGGUGACGACAUCGUCAACUACCUCCCUCUCCUCAUGGAGCGUCUUCUGAUCCUCCUCGAGAACGGCCCCAUCCCUGUCAAAAUCACCGUUACCGGUGCCAUUGGCUCGGCUGCCCACGCCGCCAAGGACAAGUUCCGCCCCUACUUUGAGCAGACCAUCCAGCGCCUUGUCCCCUUCAUCGGCCUCUCGGGCUCGGACGAGGAGAGCGACCUCCGUGGCGUCGCCACUGACACCAUCGGCACCAUUGCCGAGGCUGUCGGCGCUGACCUUUUCAGGCCUUAUUUCGAGAACAUGAUGAAGGCGUCGUUCGAGGCCCUCACCAUCGACAACACUCGUCUCCGCGAGUCAUCGUUCAUCUUCUUCGGCGUCAUGGCUCAGGUCUUCGAGGGCGAGUUCGCUGUCUACCUUCCCCAGUGUGUUCCCGCUCUCGUUGCUUCGUGCCAGCAGAGCGAGUCUGCCGACGAGUUCCUUGACGAGGCCGAGGGUGGUGAGGGUGCCGCCAGAGUCGCUGCCGAGGCCUUUGCCACGGGCCUGGGCGGCUCGAGCAAGGGCGUCGCCACCGUUGGCGACGACGAGGACGAGGAGGAGGUUGACCUUGACGUCCUUGACCAGAUGUUCUCGCGUGUCAACUCGGCCAUCGCGAUCGAGAAGGAGGUUGCUGCCGACACCAUUGGUGAGCUCUUCAACGCUACCAAGUCGGCCUUCCUUCCCUUCAUCGAGGAGACCAUGACGGUCCUCAUCGACCUCCUCGAGCACUACUACGAGGGUAUCCGCAAGGCUGCCAUGGGUGCGCUCUUCCAGUUCAUUAAGACUGUGUACGAGCUCUCCAACCCCCAGGAGUGGGUUGCCGGUGCCGAGAUCAAGGUGCCCCUCCACGCCGACGUCAAGAAGCUCGUCGACCACAUCCUUCCUCACAUCUUCGACGCCUGGAAGGUCGAGGACGACAAGUCGGUCGUCAUCUUGCUCUGCUCUGAGCUCGCCGACACCAUGCAGAAGUGUGGCCCGGCUGUUGUUGAGGGCCGCCUUGACGAGAUUGCCAAGCUCACCAUCGAGAUCCUGGAGAAGAAGUCGUUCUGCCAGCAGGACCCCGACGGAGACGACGAGGGCGUUGGAGAGGACGGCGAGUCGUCCGAGUACGAGUCGAUGCUCAUCUCGAACGCCGCCGACGUCUUUGGCGCCAUGGCCGCUGUUCUUGGCUCUGACUUUGGCCCGGCCUUCAACACCGUCCUCCCCCUCAUCUCGCAGUACGCCCAGCCCAAGCGCAUCUCUUCUGAGCGCUCGAUGGCCAUUGGUUCGCUCGGCGAGGUCAUUGUCGGCCUCAAGGGCGGCGUCACCCCCUUCACCAACCAGGUCCUCGAGGUCAUCUCGCGCGGCCUGCAAGACGAGGAGCCCGACGUUCGUUCCAACUCUGCGUUCGCGGCCGGUGUCCUCGUCCAGAACUCUGAGCAGGACCUGUCGCAGCACUACCCAGCACUUGUCGGUGUGCUUGGUCACUUCUUCCAGGUGCCCGACCACUCUGCUCCUGCUGUGUUCAACGCACGUGACAACGCUGCUGGUGCUCUCGGCCGCAUGAUUGUCAAGAACCCCGCAGCGGCACCUCUUGACCAGAUUGUCCCCAUGAUGGUGUCGUGCAUGCCUCUGCAGUUUGACCCGAUCGAGAACCGGGCCGUCUACAGCGCCAUCUUUACCCUUUUCCGCAACCAGCCCGCCACCCUCGAGGCACACCUCGACCACCUCCUCCGCGCAUUCGCCUUCAACCUCUCUGCGGCACACGCCGACGACAUUACCGACGAGACGCGCGCCGAGCUCGUGGCCCUCGUCGAGCACCUCAAGCAGAGCGUGCCGGACAAGGUCGCGGCUGCUGGCCUCUAA